GGUGGGGAAGAGAGCAGCCAGAGGCUCCUGGGCUCAUGAAGAGCUUCAUCCGGGCUUGUCACCCAGCACAUUCUUACCAUGGCUUCUACACUUUGGAAGGCUCUGGUCCUGGGGCCUCUUCUGCCAACACUUCUGCUGGCAUUUACAGGUGGGAAGCCUUUCAUCUCUCUGAAGGGCCCAGAGCAGAGGACAGCCACUUCAAAUUCAGUGACUUUUACCUGCACCGCUGGCCUUUUCAGCUCCAAGAACCUCAGUGUUAACUGGUUUAAGAACAAUAAACAUCCAGCUUCGGUCCCACAAGUGGUGCCUAUCAGCAGAGACAUUUACUAUGUCACAAGCAAGUCAUCAGUGACAUUGGCGAAACAAGAUAUCUUUUCUCAGAUCACCUGUGAAGUCACCCAUGUGGACCUCAAUGAGCCCCUAAAAAUGACCAUCGAUCUUUCUCAAGUGCUCCUAGUUAUCCCCACACUGAAGAUCACCACUGAGCCCUCAGAGAUCCGUGACCAUGUGCAUCAAAGAGUGAACCUGACUUGCCAUGUAAACUACUUCUACCCCCAAAACAUGCAACUCACCUGGGCUAAGAAUGGGCACAACAUCCUGACUCCUGAGCUCUCUCAGGCCACCAGAAACUCUGAUGGGACAUACUCUCUAAAGCACACAUUGCAGGAAGAUUCCGUAUUGCAUGAAAGCAUCUAUAGCUGCCUGUUGUACCAGUAUGAUCAGCAUCCACAGAGCAUCAGCAUCACCCUGGGAGCACAGGCCUCCCAUAAGCGUAGAGGUGUGUGCCCUGUCUCCUUUGUAUCCUAAGGGCAU